GUGAAGUUAAUCUAGCACCGUCUCCAAAAUUUGUCCAAAGUGAAAAAGGACAAAAUGGCCGAUAAAAAUGUUCAAUGGAGGACGCGAAAUCACAAAGCCUAGAUCCGUUCGCCCCCACCCAAUCUACAGGCGACCGAGCUGUUGAGUCGCAUAAUUUAAGUGAAGAGAAGACUUCGCCGAAAGAUGAAAGGAUUGCCUCUACGAGUCUUUCUCCAGGUGCAGCCAUCAUGGAAGCUUCAAGAAGCACCAAAGAUCAGCCUGCGACUUCAGUAACAAGUGGAGCUCUUUCUACUCAGCAACCAUUUAACACAUAUACCCCUCAAGAACAAGGUUAUUAUAUUGCAGGGUAUGAUAACGGCAGUGGUAACUGGGAUGAACAGUCAAAUUAUGUUAAUGCCGGCAACUUAAAUGUCAUACCUCCGGCCAUGUACAAUGAUAAUUCUUCGCUCUUCUUUCCUCCGGGCUAUGGCUUUGACUCCCAGAUGGCAUAUGGACAGUUUUCCCCACUUGCUAGCACUAUUUCUCCAAUAAUGUUUGAUGGUCAGCUGUUUUCUCCUCAUCAAAUGCCUGUGACCCCGCCUUACUAUCCGCCACCAAUUUCACCUGGCCCACCACAUGCUACUUCAGGACUUCCAGCCUCACAGAAUGAAAUAAUGUCAUCGGCAAAUAUCAGCCAAGAAAACCUUGUUGACAAUACAUUUUUUGGGCCAGGGUCAGCUUACUAUCUACCAUUUGGAUCUUUUGGCGGUGGUGAAUUUUCUGGAAGUAGUGGCCAUGGUCCUUACAAAUUCCCUGGAGAGUUUGGGUCAAGUGAACCAUUGCCUAGGCACUCGACUUCCUUAGAUUCUAGCUGGUUCAUGUCUCCAUUAACUUCUGGAACUGGAUACCCGCAACCUAUUGGCAUACUUGGAUCUUAUGAGCAAAAUGUUGCACAGGCGCCACUUCAGGGUUUUGGGUUGACGACAAAUACCUCAGCUAGACAUUUGGUCCACAGUGGUUCUUACCAAAGCAAUGUUGGGUCUGGUUCUAGCCGAUAUCAAUAUGCCAAUGACAAAAGUGGAAGACGGGAAAGGGAUGCUUUCAACACUUCUACUGAUACAUCUGGUUUAUCAAGCGAGCGGAACAGAGGACCAAGGGCCUUGAAGCCCAAAAGCAAGAGUAGUCCCGAAGAGGAGUCUUCAGUGGGAAUUAAAGAUGUCGAAUCUACAUCUAGGCUUCAGUCCGAUCAUAUUAACUCCCCAGAUUUCAUUACUGAUUAUGAACGUGCAAAGUUUUUCGUUAUAAAGUCUUUCAGUGAAGAUAAUAUCCAUAAAAGUAUGAAAUACAGCGUCUGGGCCAGCACACCACUUGGGAACCGAAAAUUGGAUGCUGCAUAUCGUGAAUCAAAGGAAAUGGAAGGCAUUUGUCCAGUGUUUCUCUUCUUCUCGGUUAAUGCUAGUGGCCAAUUUUGUGGUGUAGCUGAGAUGAUUGGGCCUGUUGACUUUGAGAAUGAUGCUGAUUACUGGCAGCAGCAGGAUAGGUGGAGUGGUCAGUUUCCCGUCAAAUGGCAUAUUAUAAAAGAUGUACCCAACAGUCGCUUUCGCCACAUAGUUCUUGAAAAUAACGACAACAAGCCUGUGACACACAGUCGAGACUCUCAAGAGGUAAAGCUGGAACAGGGAAUUGAAAUGCUGAAAAUUUUCAAGGAGCAUGAUCCCGAGACAUCCCUGCUCGAUGAUUUCGAGUUUUAUGAUGAGCGGGAGAAAAGCUUUCUGGAGAGGAAGGCAAAACAACGAGCCAGCUCAGCUGGGAAAAUGACUGGAGAUUCAGUCACUGAAUCAAUAAGUCAACUCUCGGAAAAUUUGGUGGAUACUCUACGGUUGGAUGGCGGCGUAAGCCUAUCCAAGGAGGAUUUGGAGUAAUAAGACAUUAUCAGCCGAGUGAAAGUGUUAGCUGAGAGUCGCAAUAGGAAGUUUCUGAAUGGGAUUCAAUUGAGGUGAACAAUUGGGCAGUGGGUUGUUAUUUGGGUAAUACAGAUGGGAGAGCUUUGUACUCCUUUGGCUUUGCUUUUUAUUUUUAUCCUUUUUAUUUUAUUUUUUAUUUUUCUGUCUGUUGUUUUUUACUGCUUUUAUCAUAUUACCUGUUAUGAAAUUGAUAGGUGGUGUUGGGCAUAGGAGGGGAAAUGGAACUCAUGUGCCAAAUAUGGGAUUGUACUUUUAGAUUUCUGAAUGUUUUAGUUUCAGAUAAUUUAUUUUCGGCUGCUAUAAUGUAGCAACAUAUGUAUUGAGCCCCAAAGUUGGCUAGUGAAGUGAAGAAAUUUAGCUACAUGAUUCUGUUAAAUAGAAUGUGUAGUUGUCUCGUACCUUGUUUUAAACCAA